CCUUCUCGCGCGCGACUACGCGUCUCAGCAAGUUCACCCUCUGCUCCAUCUCCGUCUCUUCUGUCUCCGUCGAUUCAAUUCUUAUCAUCAUCCACAAUCCUCCCAGAGCACUGCUGCAAUGAACUUUGGAGGACAGACACCGACGAUCGUCGUGCUCAAAGAGGGCACCGACACGUCCCAGGGCCGCGGCCAGAUUAUCAGCAACAUCAACGCCUGUCUUGCGAUCCAGGACACAAUCAGACCGACCCUUGGUCCAUUGGGCUCUGAUAUCCUUAUUGUCGGAUCGAAAGGAGACACCACCAUCUCAAACGACGGUGCCACGAUCCUAAAACUCCUGGACGUCGUCCAUCCCGCCGCAAAGGUCCUCGUCGACAUCUCUCGCUCGCAGGAUGCCGAGGUCGGCGACGGAACAACCAGUGUCACCGUCAUCGCCGGCGAACUGCUCCGCGAGAGCAAGGCCUUUGUCGAGGAAGGCGUCUCCACCCAUAUCGUCGCAAAGGGAUACCGCAAGGCUGCCCUGCUUGCCGUCAAUAAGAUUAAAGAGCUCGCUGUUACCAUUGAUCGUUCAAAUCCUACUGAAUUCAGAGACCUGCUCGAAAAGUGCGCGGCCACCGCCAUGUCAUCAAAACUGAUUCAUCGCAACGACGCCCUGUUCAAGAAGAUGGCUGUCGACGCCGUUCUCGCGCUUGACCAGGACGAUCUUGACGAGAAGAUGAUUGGCGUCAAGAAGAUCUCGGGCGGUAACCUCGAAGACUCGUUCCUUGUCGACGGUGUCGCGUUCAAAAAGACGUUUUCCUACGCUGGUUUCGAGCAGCAGCCCAAGGCAUUCACAAACCCCAAGAUUGUGACGCUCAACGUCGAGCUCGAGCUCAAGGCCGAGAAAGACAACGCCGAAGUUCGCAUCGAGCAAGUGAGCGAGUACCAGGCCAUCGUCGACGCCGAAUGGAAAAUCAUCUACGACAAGCUCGAGGCGAUCUACAACACCGGCGCGCAGAUUGUGCUGUCCAAGCUCCCGAUCGGCGAUCUGGCGACGCAGUACUUUGCCGACCGCAACGUGUUUUGCGCCGGCCGAGUCACGGCCGACGAUCUCGACCGGGUUGUGUCUGCCGUCGGCGGCAGCGUGCAGUCGACGUGCACCGACAUCAAGCCCGAGUACCUGGGCACGUGCGAGAAGUUUGAGGAGCGACAGAUUGGCGGCGAGCGCUUCAACUUGUUCAGCGGGUGCCCGAAGGCCAAGACGUGCACGCUCGUGCUGCGAGGCGGCGCCGACCAGUUCAUCGAGGAGGUCGAGCGGUCGAUGCACGACGCGAUCAUGAUUGUGAAGCGCGCGGUGAAGAACAACUCUGUCGUCGCGGGCGGCGGCGCGAUCGAGAUGGAGCUGAGCCGAUACUUGCGGGAGUACUCGCGCACGAUUGCGGGCAAGCAGCAGCUCGUGAUUGCGGCGUUUGCAAAGGCGCUUGAGGUGAUCCCGCGACAGCUGUGCGAUAACGCCGGGUUUGAUGCUACAGACCUGCUGAACCGACUGCGGAUGCGGCACGGCCGGGGCGAGGUGUGGGCAGGCAUUGACUUUGAGAACGAGGAUAUUGCAAACAAUAUGGAGAAGUUUGUGUGGGAGCCCGCGCUGGUGAAGGUGAAUGCGAUCCAGAGCGCUGCGGAGGCGGCCUGUCUGAUUCUGAGCGUCGACGAGACGGUGAAGAACGAGGAGAGCCCGGCGCAGGGGGCGGGAACGGGAGCGCGGGGGCGUGGCCGGGGCCGGGGGAUGCCGAUGAUGUAAAUCUGAUGUAAAUACGGUGUUUAUCGAGGAGAAGAGUAUGAAUACAAGUACACAGUAUAUAUAAGAGAAUACAAUACAAUUGCAAAUACACAAGUCAUAAGCUGAAUAUCAAACAGUCAAGAAGCAGACAAACUUUGAUGAGUUUUGGGUUUUGAGUUUGGCUCCGUCGCUCGUCGUCUUCUUCUUCUUCCUC